CGCCCUAGGGCUUCUGAUUCAUUACACGUUUUGCGCUAAUGUCUGCAUUCAUCUAGAACUGUUCAUCUUAUUAUAUUGCGUUAAAUUAUUGUUUCACAAUCGGGUCCCAUUCACUAUCAGGCAAUGGCCGGUCGUUCAGCCCAUGGAGGAGGAGCCUCCGGUCCCCUCCUUUUCUUCUCGAUUGAUAUAUCCUCCAAGGCCUCUCUUUUGCUCUCUUUCUUUGCACUGCUCUUCAAGUCAAUCUUUCAGUUUUCUGUCUGGAACAGCAACUACAUCCAUUUCUGGGAUUUGAGCCCAAGUGUCCAUUCAUUGCUUGCAACAGGAGCAGAGUCUCCAGUCAAUCCUUUGCAUCUGAAUAGCAGUCUAGCACAGACUCUGCACUCUUUUCUUCCAUUCUAGCUUCUUUUCGCCUUCGAGACAUAUCAACAUCCAACAAUGUUAUAUCAGCGUCUCACCACUCUAGGCGUUGCCGCUCUGGUCGCGGCCGCAUCGGUCUCUGCGAGCCCUAUGGUCGGGGGCGCUAAAGGUCGCUGUCGUGCCGGGUACAACAAGGCCGUCUCCCACGCCCCAACGUCUAACGAAGCAACUUCGUCCAUUAGUCCCCCAGUGGAGCUCCCAGAGGCUCCAACGCAUCCUUCUGCUGCUCCCAUCAUACCCACUGUAGAUGAGGAUCCCGAUGCUUCGUCUUCUUCUUCGUCAUCAACAACACCUGCUCUACCCUCUUCUUCCGCUACCCAGGAACAAGACACCGUUCCGGCAGCCUCUGCUGAGCCUGCAACGGCCGCUCCCGAAACCAUUAACAAGGCGGCCGCUGCUGCAUCUUCCUCCAGCAGCACCACCCACUCCGGCAAAGCCACCUUCUACGGCGGCAACGUGUCCGGCGGAACCUGCUCGUUCACCGGGUACACACUUCCCUCCGGCCUCUUCGGAACCGCCUACUCAGGCGCCGCAUGGAACAACGCCGCAGAAUGCGGUGCCUGCGUCUCCGUGAAAGGACCCAACGGUAAAACCAUCAAAGCCAUGAUCGUCGACCAAUGCCCUGAGUGCGAGGCCGACCACCUCGACCUCUUCCAGAAUGCCUUCACCCAACUAGCUGACGUUUCCAAGGGUAUCAUCCCCAUCACCUGGUCCUUCGUCGACUGCGGGAUUACCUCGCCCCUCGUCCUCAAGAACAAGGAGGGGACCUCGCGCUACUGGUUCUCCAUGCAGGUUAUGAACGCCAACGAGCCCGUCGCGAAGCUCGAGGUUAGCACCGACGGCGGGAAGACCUGGCAGGGGACCACGAGAACCUCCUACAACUUCUUCGAGAAGAGCAGUGGGUUUGGAAAAGAUACCGUGGACGUGAGGGUCACCGGCCAGUCCGGCGCUACCCUGACGGUGAACAAUGUCGGGACCAGCGCUGGGUCCACUGUUACCGCUAAGUCGAAUCUGUAAAGCACAGAGUAGAUAGUGGCGUGGGGAUGGUGCGCGUAGAUUGGUCGCCCUCAGUUGGCGCGGAAGAGCAAGUUUGUUUUGAGACAGCACCCUGUCUGCAUGCCUUUACUUUCUCUUCUCCGUAUAUUUCUGGUAAAUUCAGACAUAUUCUCAUGUUUUCAUUCCCAUCAACGAAACCGACUGAUUAUCAUGGCUAUGCCUUGUAAGACUGCCUUAAGAUUGCCUCAUGUGCUAAGCUUGUCAUUGACAACGAGAGAGCCGAAUCUUCCAUGAACAGCGUUUUGUCAUUUCGCUUUCGGAAAACGAGAUCAAACUACGAAAUGGCCUUGUGUAAAUCUGAGAGAGAUCGAAUUGCAAUUCCCAUAACGCGAUAUCGCAGGCUCCAUUCCCAACCCUGGUUUC